UCAUCCACUGAUCGUUCUCCUUUCUUUUGGUUUCUUUGGAUUUUUGGAUCGACCUUUCCUCGGUUCUUGUUUGCUACGAUGAAGAAAAAGCACUCCUGUCUACCGUAUGCUGCAACUUUAAGAUGAUUCUCUGUUUUCCUCGUUAUAUAUCUUUAAACAAGUGUUGGAAGUCAUGACAUCACCCCCAUUUUUUGUUCUUCUCUCGGGUUUUCGUGAGUUGUUGAUACCUGAUGGUUUUCCCAUCGGUUCUUUGGGAAGAAAAAAGGGAAACUAUCUUUCUUGUUUGUGUUGGUGAAGAAAGUUACGUAAAGAUUGGAUCUUGAUUACUGGGCCUUUGGAGCUUUGGUAUUAAUUCUUGAUAGAAGAGUAAGGCUUUUGUAACUUUGCCAAUUUUAAGGACAGUUCCUGUUGCUUGCUUGAAUGUGCUCAUCGGAUGCUCUGACGUGCAUAUAUCUUACAUUGGAUCUUUGUUCCUUCUCUACCGUGAUAUUGAAAUUAUCGUGCAAAAGAAAUCAGUGAUGUCGGUGACUUCUUUGUUUUGUUCCUUCUGUUCUUGGCAUGGGAAUAAGCAAAAGGUGCCGCAACUUUUGUCUUUCAAGAAACUGAAUUUCACGCACUCAAUUUUUCUCUGCACUCGAUUAUAAGGAGACCUGUAGAGUGAGAUUGGAAGUGGUGUAUUUUUCUGUCCAAGAUGUUCCCUUUCUUUGCAUUUUACCAAAAACGGACUAAGUUCAGUUGAUCACCAGAGUUCAAUAGUUCAAAAUUUUACAAGUUCUAUGAAUGGAGUUGUUUGGAUUAUGAAAUUUGUUUAGUUUUGAAUAAUGGAUAUUCCCCUCCUACCGAGAACAUGAAUUUCAGAUAUGUUUAUCAUCCAAGUAUUUUUUUCCCCUAAAUCAUGAGUUUGGCUGUUACCACUCAUUACAAUCUUGAUUCAGACAUGAAAAUAAUCUUUGGUUUUUUUUUUCAAAUUACAUAUAAAUAUCCUUUAGCUUCUUUUUUCACUUACUCAAAACUAUAAUUAGUUACAAGUUUCCAUUUUCUGCAUGUUGGUUGUGAGAUAUCAGUUAUUAAUAUCUUAGCAAUUUUGUUUAGAAGAGAAGUUUUGAAAAUACUGAAAGUUGUAUGCAGUUCUUAUGUUCGAUUCUUACAUGGAAAUUUACUUAAUUCUUAUAUAUAAUUAGCAGCCAAAUAACUUUUAUGCAUAAGUGUCUGCUCAACUUCAACCAUGUAAGUGAUUGAUAAUUUGGAAGUGGACUCUCUUCAAACACAAAGCGCUGGAUAUUUAAUACUACAUAUCCUUGCCAAUGACUGAAGAGGCAACAGAGAAGGUUACUGUCUCCAUAACCCCUGAGAUAUUCAAACCUAAAAGUUCUGUAAGGAGAUUAUCAAUGGGGAAAACAAAAACAAGAACUUCACCAUGUUCUCCAGAAAGUGAGGAAAAGCCUGUUCCCCAUUACCUUAGAACUUCUACAGGUUCUUGCCAUGACUUCUGCAAGUAUGGAAUAAAGCAUGAUCUUGAAGCUAAGAAAAGGCGUCCUGCUCGUCAAAUAUUCUUAGCCAAUAAAGAGAUGCCUGAUGAUGAGAAUAAUCAAGUGAAUGCUGCGGCUCAGCAAGACAGGAGAAAGAAAGUAAGCCAUAAGAUAGUGGUUUCUCAGGAAAAAGAACAACACACUAAAAAAUCUGAGGUAAUUAAACAGAAUGACCUGCCACCUGAGAAGAUAAUUCAGCUUUGUGACUCGCUUACAAAUUUGGCAGAAGGAUCAGCUGAAAAGUAUUCAAAUAUGAAGUUUAGUUUCCCUUCAACUGACCAGAUGAUUGAUUCAUUUCUUGGGCAUUCACCUGCAAAUCAAUCUGAUAAUUCAACAGAGGAAUCAACAAACAUCAAGCUAAUGACCCUGUCAUCCAUCUCAACAAUCAAUGAAUUUGAUGAGCAUAAACCAACUAAAUCGUCUGAAGUAUUGUCUGAGAAGACUGUAAGCAUCAAGCUUGAUCAGACAGCAACUCAGAAUGGUGAUGACUCUACUGAGCUUGCACCGAUAGAAGGAUCAUCUGCAGAACCUGUUAUGGUAAAGCAUAUGGUUACAGCAUCAACCCAACAUAUCAGGGAUUCAGCCCUGCAUACAACUGUGAUGGAAGACACUGAAUUUGCUGAGCAUGUAACAUCCAGUAGGCCAGACGCAUCACCAGAUAAAUCUACAGAAUUACCCAGAUCGUCCAAUUUACCCUCAAACAUGAAACCUAAGAAAUACAAGGAUGUAUCAUCUGCUUGGAACGGACUUGCCAAUGGUGCAGCAGGAUGUACUGGGGAAGAUUCAACCAUGAAACGGAAAGCAACAUUAUCCACUGUACCUGCUACAGGUUCACCUCUAUAUCAGGAGGAAGAAUUAUCUAACCAAGGAAAACAGGUAAUUAGUUCUAGUGUAGGUGCCGAAGCAAGGAGAGAUGUGAACAAGCUCAAGAGAGGCAACAAAAUUAUUGGUAUCUCUCACCGACCUAAAGUCAUCAGACAAGGAAAGAUUGAUCUAUCUGGGGUACCAAAUGGCAAGACUGCACCAAAUGUAUGGAAAACAGUAUCUUCUGUCAAGCCAGAGGCUGAACAGAGGAUCAUAUCUGUAACACCUAGAGUAGUCAAGGAAAAAGCUUUAUCAGCUAGUAAGAAUGCCGAUGCAUCUCCUGAACGUGCAACCUCCAUGAGAAUCAAGAAUCUAUCAUUUAAAACGAUAUCCCGAUUGACUUCUUCAGGGGGACUAGCUCGAAGGAACAACGAGAGAAUAAUCAAGUUUUCAAGUCAAUCAGACAGAAAAGAGAAAGUACUGGAACCAUCAUUAUCCUCUCUGCCCAUGAAACCUCAUACUAGUAGAGUCUCAACCACAAAGCCAAGGAUGUAUAGGAAUGUGGGCACUGCCUCCCAAGUGAAAAAUCAAACACGAGCUGGAAAGUUGGGAAUGAAGAAAGAGACUUUGAAUGUCCGUGAGGCAACACCGGAGAAAAUAAAUCUCAAAACUAUGAAGCAAGAUCUGAGGAAGAACAAAUCACAUCCAUCAGAUGAGAAAGAUCUUGACUCUGGUUCUAAACUUGGUGAAGUUUUACGAGAAGCGGUAACGCAGAGAUUUCCCACUGUUAUUUCAAAGGGUGAAAUUCAGAGGAAACAUAGAAGAACUGCAAGUGUUCACUUGGAAGAUAAAAUUUCCGCAUCCCACAAAUUAAAAUUCAACAGAGGUAAGGUAGUCAGCCUGCAACAUGAGAGCAAUGCUCCAAGAAUACUCAGAUUCAGGCGGGCUAGAACAGCAAAUAACAUCCAAAAUGCUAAAGGAGAUGUAUACACAAAAGGCUACAAAAGCAAGACAGGGCCAAGUGGUGCAGACUCAAAUUCUCCUAUGUCAAAAGCACCUACUGUUGUUUUAAGACAUCAAGAUGCGCAGGAAAAGAAGGAUACCCAAGGUUUGUUAAACCAGGUGAUUGAGGAAACUGCUAGUAAACUUGUGGAGACCAGGAAGAGCAAGGUGAAGGCCCUGGUUGGUGCUUUUGAAACCGUCAUUUCUCUCCAAGACAGCAAAGCAGCUCCCCAUGCUGUUCCAUGAAUACGUUCUGUUGCUUUGUCUUAAGGAUCGGUUCUCAUAUAAUAGUUUCUUCUGUGGCAUUGGAUAUUUUUGGGGAUUGGAUUGCACAAAUACCAUGCCAACAUAUUGAAAGGUUUUCUAAUUUCAACGUGAACAAAGUUGAGUAUGAGAUUGAAAGGGUAACAUCUUUGCAGGGAUUGUUUUGUGAUGCUGUAUUGUUCAUAGUGAUUCUGUCUCUUAUUUCCCUACUCGGGGAAUAUAUGUUUUUUUUUCUUUUCCAUACUCUGUCAUAAGCUUUGUUAAUGAUACACACAUUUUGGAGUGGUUGAACAAUAAAUACAUUGUGUAUUCUUUUGUUCAUUUUCUUCCAAAUCUCUCUUUCUUGUCUGUACUUGUGUUUGGCCAAAGAUAUCAAGAAUGUA